AUGGAUAUUUUACAACUUGAUGAGUUAACGGAUGAUAUGAUGAACUUACGUAAUGAUGAUUUCUACAACUUCCUCGAAGUUGCAUUGAAUAAAGAUUUAUGUGAGCUUUUUCGAGUUCAAGGUAUUCGAGAUAUGUCUUCUUUAUCAUCAAUAACAAUUGAUCAAAUAACACAAGUAUUUACUUUUAAUAUUAUGGAAUUAAAUAAUUUGAAAAAAUCACUUGGUUUUGUAUCGACUGAUGGAAAUUUUCAUCUUCGACUUGGUUAUCGGAAUUUAUUAGAGCGUUUAAUACUAUUAGUUAAGUCAAAGAAAAGUUCAUUUGUUAAAAAUUUUGAAUUAUCGAAUAAACAUAAAGAAAAUCAAAUUAAUGAGAAAUUGUUAGAAAUGUGGAAGCAAACAUCUAGUUCAUCGAAUAAAGCUUGUAUUCCAAUUUUAUUUCCAUGGAUAAAUAAUAUUUUUCAAAAUUUAGAAAAAACAAAAAAUAGAUAUCGUUAUGAUGAUCAUAUUCAAGAAUUUGCUUUAUUAAUAUUUAUUUUUGGAGGUCGAAAUUGUUACGAAUUUCUUCGUUUAAAUUUACCAGCAGCAUUGCCUCAUAUUUCUAAUUUAGAAUUAAUAAUAAGAAGUCAAGAAUUAAGAAUGAUUGAAUGUGAAUUUAGGUUUAACUUAUUAAAAGAAUAUUCACAAAUAAAUAAUUCUAAUUAUAUUUUUGUUGCUGAAGAUUUAACUAGUUCUAUUACUUGUAUUGAUUACGACGUACAAUCCAAUUCGUUUAUUGGAUUUUCACCACCAUUAGUUAAUGGAAUACCAGAAUCAAAUUUUUUCCGGACAGAAAAUUUUAAUGAAUUGAAAAAAUGGUUCGAUGAGUUAGAUAAAUCAAAAUUUAUUAAUCUUUAUAUGGUAAAAUCUCUAGCAUUAUCUGCUCCACCUUUUAUAUUAUCUGCUUUUGGUUCGAACAAUAAGUUUACAGCUAUAGAUAUUGUGAAGAGGUGGUUAUUUAUACAUAAUCAGUGUUUAAUACAAGGUAUAAGGGUUGUAGGUUUUAGUACAGAUGGUGAUGCUCGUUAUCUUAGAGCGAUGAGGCUAUUCUCUCGCUUUUUUGCUGAAUUACCAAAUUUUAAUUUUUUUAAACAUCAUGAUGGAUUUGAUAUAAAAAUAUCUAAUCAGUGGUCUUGGUUCUUAAUGCAGGAACAACAAAUUUUUCUUUUUAUGCAAGAUCCCAUUCAUAUUGCGACGAAAAUUAGAAAUAGACUUCUUUCUAGAGUAGCAAAAAUGAAAAUGGGAUCUUAUUCAAUUGAUAAAGAACAUUUAAUUGAUUUAAUUGAAUCAAAGAGCAAAAUCGAACAUAAUUUAACUAAAACUGAUGUUAAUGUGAAAGAUCGGCAAAAUUUUUCUUCUUGCUUAAGAAUAUCUUCUGAAAAAGUUUUAUAUUUAUUGAAUAAAAAUGAAAAAGCUAAAGGUACAUACGUGUAUUUAACAUUAUUAAACUUGAUUAUAUCUGGAUUUAUAAAUAAAUCAACAACAAUUGAAAAACGACUAUAUCACAUAUGGACUGUAGUCUUCAUAUGUCGAUUAUGGUUCUCAUGGAUACAUUAUCUAAACAUAACAAACAGCAACAAUCACACAAAUAAUAGUAAUAAUAAUUCCCAAUCACAAAAAAAAAUCAAACAGAGAACUUUUAUUACAAGACCAACAUUAUGGUGCAUUGAAAUCAAUGCACAUACAUUACUUUAUAUAAUCCUUCUAGUUAUUAAAAAAAAAUUACCAAUUGAUGCACUUAAUACAUUUGGUUUUAAUUCACAGAUAUGUGAAAAUACUUUUCGUAUUGCUCGUUCAUUGACCGGCCCGUUCUCUUCAGUUACUAACUUUAGUGUCAAAUCAUUUAUGAAAAGAAGUGAAAAAAUAUCUGUUGUUAAUUCAAUUAAAGGUCGUGAUAGUAAGAUGAGAGAUUAUUGUUUUCAAUUUCCACAACAUCAUAAGAAUGAUAAAGAAACAUAUGACUAUUCUGUUGACAGUAUUAAAUCAUUAAAUUUAACAGAAUAUGAUAUUGAAAAAAUUAUCUAUCAUGCAUUUGAAUCAGCUAAACAAUAUGUUUCAAUGGUUAAUAUGACUCAACUAUUAGAAAAUAAAAAUAUUUAUUCAUUACCUGAAUUAAGUCAUUUCAUCAAAACAAUUUUAAGUAAACCAUCUUCAAAAAUAGUAGAUUACACGGAAGAUGAUGAUUCUAAUUAUGAUUCAGAUGAUGACGAAUUCGAAGAUGAUGAAGAUGGUUCAGUAACAUUUGGCGACGAAGGUCAAAUGUUACCGAAUAUGUUCGAUGAAGAGGAAGAAGAAGAAGAAGAAGGCAACAUUGUCGCAAAUGACCUUUCUAAUAUAUCACAACAAAAUUUUAAAGGCUGCCGAAUAUAUGACAAAAUAAACUCACAACAUAUGAACAAGUUUUUUCGUAUUCAUAUUAAUUCAUCAGUGAAAUACAUUCACAAACAAACAGCCUGCUGGCUUUUGACGACGAGUAAAAAUCACCUGUCAAGUGAUCGAUUAGAACGUGUGAAAGAACCAAAAGAUAAAUAA